AAGCCACGAAUAGCAACUUGCACUGUUGCUCACGGGGAGCACAAGGAAGGGUAUCAACGUGCUUUGAGCACACACAUCAGCCAUGGCGACUACCACAAGUACCCAACAUAUCUACUGGAUCAUCCUAUUCUCGAUGGCCUUUGGUCGAAGGAGUCUUUACUCUUGGAACUCCUCCUCCAAGAACUUUCCAAGCCAAAGCCAGAGCAACUCGAAUGGCUCGUCUGGUUCGAUGCCGACACAGUCAUCAUGAACAAGCUCAUCCCACUCGAAACAUUCCUGCCGCCUGAAGAACGCAGCGACGUCCACCUCCUCUACACGAAAGAUUGGAAUGGUCUGAACAACGGCGUGUUCAUGCUCCGAGUGUCCACAUGGAGUCUCGAAUUGUUGUCUUCGGUGUUAGCAUACCGCACAUUCCGACCCGAAGACGAUCUACCGUUUACAGAACAAUCCGCCAUGGAAAACGUCAUGCAAAUGGAUAAAUACAAAGCAGGGGCUGUACAAUGCCCCCCUCAGUGGUUCAACUCGUAUCCCGGUGAUGGUGAUGAAGGCGAUGUGCACUUUGAUCAUCGACCGGGACAGUUGCUUGUACAUUUCGCUGGGGUUGGGGAUAAGAGUAAAGCUAUUAGUGAUUGGAUUGACAAGCUCGAGGCGAAUCGCACGAGAUGGGAAAUGCCCCUUUCGGAGACGAAUUAUGAGAGGCAGAUUGAGGAGUUUUGGAGGGGAUUG